AUGUCAGCACGCCCCACAGAGAACCGUUCCUCCCUAACAGGCAUGCUCCCUGGCGUCAUGCAGCCGACCUUGAUGAUUCCAAGUGAGGCCUGGCAGAAUUCGAAAGUUCUGAUAAGUGCACAAGUACAGGUGGGCGCCGGAGACGGCGGAUCCACGCAGGCGGCGCCCGCGCCUCCGCUCCCCGGCCGGCCCUCGCGCUCUCCCGACCGCCGGGACCGUCUGCAGCCUCCCGCCGCUGCCGCCGCAAGGUUGGCGGCGCCGCUGCUCGUCUUCCAGCCUGUGGAUGAAAAGCUUUUGGCAACGCUUCUGUCUCAGGUUAAAACGGUGAGUAGGCCUGCCGUUGCAGCGUCAAGCAAGUGGCUGGAGGGUAUUCGAAAAUGGUAUUACAAUGCUGCUGGGUUCAAUAAACUGGGCUUAAUGCGAGGUGAUACAAUAUGUGAGAAUGACGAUGUAAAAGAAGCCAUAAGAAGGCUUCCUGAGAACCUUUAUGAUGACAGGGUGUUUCGCAUUAAGAGAGCACUGGACCUGACCAUGAGGCAGCAGAUCUUGCCUAAAGAUCAGUGGACAAAAUAUGAGGAGGAUAAAUUCUACCUUGAACCACAUCUGAAAGAGGUUAUUCAGGAAAGAAAAGAGAGAGAAGAAUGGGCAAAGAAAUAAUCAUGUAGUCUAAAUCUGGAUACGGCUAUCCUAAAGUAUUUUUAUGAAGCUGGUUAAACCUAAAAUGUACAAUGUAGAACUAUCUGGGCUG